AUGACGGGGCAGGGGCAGCUUGGGCAGGUCGGGCACGGCCCGGACGCCCCGGAGGCAGCGGCUCUGGUGGCGGCCUCGUCGGGGGGGUCGCCGCUCCACCACGAUGACUACGACGACGACGACGACGGGCCCUCGCCCGCCGAGGGCCACGACCAGGACUACGACGGCAACCACACAGAGGUGGCGCCGCCGCUGGGCUCGACGCUGGGCGGGCCGUGCACCAACUCGUGCUCGCCGCUGCUGCAGAACGUCCGCUGCUCCCCCAGCACGCACCGCUGCGAGUGCGGCGACCUGCACCCCGUCGAGGUGAGCCCCAUCCGGGGCUGCACCGCACCGGUGGGGCUGGGCGAGCAGUGCCUGUACCAGGCGGCCUGCCAGCACUGGGACUCGCACGCGCGCUGCACGCAGGUGGACCACAACGCGGUGUGCCAGUGCGAGCCGGGCUUCCACACCGUGGCCGUGCACAAGCAGGGCCGCAGGACCUUCUGCUCGGAGGACCUGGUGCUGCUGACGGCCGACCUGCCCACGCUGCUGGGGGUGGCCACGGGCAUCGCCCUCUUCACCGGCGUCAUCUGCUUCGUGCUCCGGCUGUUCGUGGGCGGCCGGCCCCGGGACCACUUCGCCAACGCCAACCUGGCUCCCUCGCACAUCCUCUUCUCCAGCGAUACAGGGCUGCCGCUGACGGGCCGCUCCACGUCGCGCUCGGGCUCGCAGCGCUCCGUGUCGGGGUCGCUGUCUCGCGGCCUGGGCCACGGCGGUCUCGGCCACGGCCAGGGCGGCCAGGGCGGACUGGGGUCCUCGUCGCGCGCAGGGUCGCGGCGGCAGAGCACGGCGUCGGUGCACAGCAGCGCGUCCUCCACCAAGAGCAUGGGCUUCGGCAUGCGGCGCUACGAGCGGGAGAGAGAGCAGAGACUGCGGCGGCAGCAGCAGCAGCAGCAACUACAGAACCCCCUCGGCGCCCUGGCGGGCCUCGGCGGCAUGCCCGGCCUCAGCGGGCUGCAGACGCCGGGCUCGGCGUGCUCGGCCAGCGGCGACGAGCUGGGGCUCGGGGGAAGGUCCAGCCGGGGCGCCAGCCCCAGCCCCGGGCCCAGCCCCAACCCGCUCAGCCCCAUGUCCACCGACAAGCUGCUGCCCGCCCUGGACCAGCUCGUCGAGGACGUGGUGUGGACCACGCAGUCCAGCUCGCAGCGACAGGACCACAUGAUGGCGGGGCCGUCCGGGUACCGGCCGCUGCACCUGCAGCGCGCCGAGAUGCGCAGCGAGCGCGCCCGGCAGCUGCACGCGCAGCACGCCCACGCGCAGCACGCGCAGAUGCACUCGGCGCAGCUGCACGCCGGCCACCUGCAGGCCGGCCAGAUGGGCCAGAUGGGGCAGCUGACGCGGCCCUUGCGCGACCCCAACGGCGGCGCGGGCCCGUCCUCCGCCGGGCCGUCCUCCGCCGGGGCACCGAGACCGUCGACCUCGUCCUGCACUUCCCCCGAUGGCCGCUGA